CACUUCAUUAAUUAUUACACAGCUUGCAAGAAGUAAUGAGCAUGUCCAUCCAGCCAUGCUGUAGGCAGGUGAAACAGUCAGUGUGGAUGGAGCUACAGAGCCAGGAUGGAUAUCUCUGUUCUGCCUAACAACAACCACCCAGAGAAGUUCCUCCAGCUGGAUGUUGGGAUACUGAUGGCCACACAUGGCGUGUUCCAGAGGGAGCGAAGGAUGAAGACUGAAGGUAGGUGUCCUCCAUCCCGAGAGGGCUCUCCUGUGGUGUUUGUGGACAGAUACCUGGAGAAGCAUAUCACGCCAGUCACUCAGAAGUCCAACAUUAAAAAGAACCCUCUGUGCACGGACAUAAGAUCAAUGGACACAGUGGACAACGAGAAGUCCAAGCCUUCCUGGACUGUCAAGGAGUACACCACGCAAACAAUCCACAACAACUUUGCAAAUUUUUUCAAGGGAGAAGGGAAGACUCCUAAAGAUAUGGACUUUUGGCUCGAGGAUCUCUACACACCAGGAUUUGAUUCUUUACUGAAGAAGAAAGAAGCAGAACGUAAACAAAAAAGACUUUAUAAAAUUCUUUUUUCAAUCAUUUUGUCUGUUUUCGGAGUACUUAUUGUUAUUAUUGUGCCAGUUGUGGUUCUACAAAAGAAAAACUGAUUGAUGAGGACGCUGUAAUUUGUAGUACAACUCACCCCUUUGUAAGCAGUGGUCAUAUUUUUCUGUUCUUAUUUUAUCUUAUUUUGACAGAACUAGAUUUCUGGCUGGAGUCAUAAUAGACAUGUUUUGGCAACAGCUUCUGCUAGAUCUGGCAAACUGUAUUUGCUGACAUGUCUGGCUCUGCAUCAAUAUCUUGGAAACACAGACAAAUGACCAGUGGAGAAAAAGCUUGAGGACUAAAAUUGAGGACUAUUUAGACCUCUAAUGAUGGUAUAAUCACACAAAAGUUCCAGUGGCUUUACACAGUAACAUAACAUCAACUUAAAAUCUAGUUUUUGCUGACCUCCUGUGGUUUAACUUCUGACCAGUACCCAAGACACGUGUAACCACACAUUUCUGUGUAGUUACAGGUGCAAUAGAGCACAUCUUUCUGACUUACUGACUUCAAACUUUCAACCAAUGAGGGCAGGAAAACCUUGCUUUUAAAUUGUUAAGUUAGCUUUAAGCCUCGCCAAGAGACAAGAGCAGCCAUGGUUGCAGCUCUAGGUUCUAUUCUUUAUAUUUUUUAAAUGAAAAAAUAUUGAUUAAAGC